AUGGCAUCAAAUCCUAAAACAAGGAUUGCUGUUAAACAAUAUUUGCUUAAACUACAAGAACAGAGCUGUCGAUUUGAAAGGGUUUUUAGGGUUCAAUUACUACAAGAACUUUCAGCUUACGAGAAAAAAAAUGGCUCAAAAAUACGAGUUGAAGAGCUUAAAAAGAUGUUCCCAUCUGAUUGCUUAGAGCAUCCAAUAUUGAAAAAGUUUGAUAUAGGCCCAAGAGAACAAAUGAAUAUCGAUCAAUUACAUUUUAUGCUCGAAGAAAAAGAAAUGAUGUCAGAGAGAAAACGUGAUGAAAUGAACCGAGUAUUUCAUGACAUAUCAUCUGGUUUUCAUAUCUUUUCUGACUAUGUUGAACAAAAUAAUUUAAAUUUCAGCGAUUUUUGUGAAAAUGCGGAAGACAUUAUUAGAAGAAAUACAAACUUGCAUAAAAGACUACAAGAUAUUAUACUCAAAGAUCCUCCAGAAUUUAACUCUCCAAAGAUGUGGCCAGUAACGGAUCCCGAAGUUCUUAAAACUCAUGAUAUUAUUAAAGAAAAAAUGUUACACGAUGAUAUUACACAAGAUACAAUCAGAAGAAAUACAUUAUCUUCACUAGGAACAUCAUUUGAUGAUAAUCAAGAAGAAAGACAUUCAAAGAUAGAAUCAUUUGUUCGUACCCAAACACCAAGCGUUACUACUCGAUGCAUUUCAAGCAGAGAUAUUGCAAUCGAAAGAGAUAACUUAUAUUCGAGAUUGGCUGACUUAUCAACUCAAAAGUUUGUAGAUGUUGAAACACUGAAAAGCGAGCUUGUAGAAUUAGAAAAUAAAAAGCGUACACUUCUUGACAGAAGGAAUAAGGUUCAGACCCAAUUGAAUACAAUCAAAAGAAAGACACAUAGGAGUUCAACUGCCUCGCUCUCAAAAAUCGAUCCAAUUGAAACUCAAUCCAGUCAAAUUGAAUUGUUCAAUGAUAUCAAGGCUAAGAACAAAUCUAGACUGGCAGAAAUACAAGCUGAGAAUGCUCAACUUCAUGAUAAGAUCAGAGGAAUUGAAAUUGAUCGCGAUGCCAAACAAUUUUUUGAAUCAUAA